AUGAAUAAUGACUCGGUACACACGACUAUAAGCUUAAUGGACAUGAUCAAAUACAAAAUCGAUAUUCCAAACACUUGGAGCGAAGGCCCUGAUUUUGGGGAGACUGUUUACUUCGAAGAGCAAAAACAAGAAGAACAAAGUGACAGCCUUCAAGUCCAACAAGACACACAAAAAGUCGGCCCCUCCGAAGUUCUUGACGAAACUAAUAAUAAUAAGAAAUGUCCUAUUCAAUAUACUAGAAAAGCAAAACUUGACACCACAUUAGUAGGCGCUACAAAAAUCACUUCAGAAAAGAAACCUCGACAAGACAAGACAACGCUGUUCAAGAAAAAAUUGUUUGUCGGCUCUGAGGACGAAAUUAAGAAGCAAAUCCUCUUUGUGACAAACGAACUUGAAAAACGGAAGGACGACGGCGUUAACACAGAAAACGCGAUUAUUGAAAUUUCAAAGCCGUUUGAUGCUCACCAACACAAAAAUGAUAUUAUCGACUUGCGGACGUCCAAUCGGACGUUGACCUUUCCCAAUGACGUUCCCAUCCAAGCGCAAAAGUUGAAGCAUCGCCCCGUCCCAUUACGGCAAACAAAGAACAUCUAUCACUUUCCUGGUACAGAAGCUGGCUUUGAUAGUAUCAAGGAAUACAAAUUGAUGAAACUCAAUGCAGAUAUCAAGGAACUCGAAGCGACUAAACUGCUCAUCCACGAGCUUGACAAAACAAUAGAAUCGGGUAAUUGA